UAUUGUUUAAAUAAAAAUGAAAAUGUCCUAUGUUUUAAUGUCAUUAAUCUGCGUAAAUGUUUUGGCAGAUAUAAGUAUAAUGAAAUAUAUAGAGUUGGUUGAAAUUUCAAACUUACAAAUCUUGAAAGCUUCAAACUAUAAAGAUGAUCAUAUAGAAAAUGGAUUGGUGCAUGUACUUACAGUCAUGAUAAAUGCAGAUCACUGGGCAAUAAAUUAUUUAAACCAAAUGUUCACUGUACCGGAACAUGCAAAAACUCUCAACUUUGACUUACUACAAGGUAUUCCGGCGGCUAAAGAUGAAAACCAAAGUAGUACUGCGCAUGAUAAUGAACAUAAAAGAAUUUACAAAGCUACAAGUACUGAAACUUUAAAAUUGACCGAACUUGGAAAGGCGAGGAGACUUCUUACAGGAAAAGCUAUAAUAAAAGUACUUACCCAAAAGCUAGCUGAAAUCAUCUUGGUUGACGAAGUUGACAAGGAGAAACCUGUUGAAAGGAUUUGUGCUUUGAUAGCAAUGUGGGUUAGUCUAAAAAUGUCUUCAAACACGUAUUAUGUCACAUAUGAUGAUGUAUGUGCAGUAGUAUUAAAUGUGGGUGAAAUAGAAUAUUUUGUCAAAUACAGAUCAUUUAAAGGCGAAUAUUGGCAAGUAAAUGCCGAUACUAAAAAAAAGGAACUAAAUGCACAACUACGCGAGGAUAUCAGUACUCAACUUGAGUUAACAGCUAAAAAAUAA